AUGGAUAAAGCAGAUAUACCUAACUCGCCACAUCUCCCAGAACAGGAAGUGGAGAGCGUGCCCACAAGCACUAUACCACCCCAGUUAGCAGCUGGUCUAGAUUUGGACGACGAUAUAGAUGAAACAGAUAUUGCAGAAGCUGUUGCUUCUCAUCCAAAGCCAAUUGAGAAUUUUGACCAAUUCGAACAUUCUGACUCUUUACCCUCUACCCCGAGCAAUAACGUCUUGAGUUCAAGUAUCCCAAAGGACGAAAAUUAUGUGACCCCAUUGAUGGAUUUUUCAGAUCCCGUCAAAGCUCCCAAGAAAAUGAUCAACCCUUUUGGCAAUAAUGAAACCUUGUCAUCAUCCGAUCCAAUUCCAAUUUUAUUGGAACCUCGGCUCAAUGUAAGGAGGUUGUCAGAUACACAAGAACAGAAGUUGGGUGAAUACAUUGAUGAUCGAUUGAUGUCCAUCCAAAGAGGUUUUGUGAAAUACAUGUCAUCUAAAGAAGAAAAUACACAAGAAGGUCUUCAAUGGGGGCAACUUGUUUAUAAUGUUGAUGAGAUACUAGAAUUUAUAUGGUACGCGAUGACACAGGUCAGAGGCAUUCCUACAGUGUACCAUGCUAAUGUGCUAUCUGAUGUUGGCUUACGGAGCUUGCUAGGAGAAAAUUUCAACGAAAUCGAACAGUCAAUUAAAAAUGUGGUUAGAAUUCCACAAGGAUCAAGUCUCUUUGGAUGGAGUGGAGUAGAUCAAAUUGAAAUGCCACACAAUCUAAGUCAAUCAAUGCAUCUAUCGUUUCUUUUGAGAAUAAUGAGUGACAUUAUAGACUACAUAGCGAAGUAUGAGUUCCUUACAUUAGGUGAUUGGAUAUUAUUACUUCGAAUGCUUGCAAAAAUAGAUAACACCAUGUCAACGAUUAUUGACUACUCGAAUCUUAAACCAGUGGCAAUUAUAAGUACAACUGAAAAAGUUAGAAUCGCAUCUCUGGUUCAGCGAACCAAGCUGGCAAUCGUUGAAUUGUUUGAUCUAUUUGUGCAAAAGCUAGGAGUAGAGGAGGUCCACAAGCAUCGUCAUGUGAUCGAUGCUUUUCAAAUAUUUGUGGGAGAGGCUUAUGAAGGACUGGUUGAUAGAACUUCUAUGUAA